UUGGCACUUUUUUAACUGACCGACUUUAUACCGGUCAAUCGGUCACUUCGUCUUCGUAUUUCUUCCAAACCAAGAAAAUGCGAUGUUAGGGCUCGCUCUGGAACAAGUUUCCACUCUCGAAUUGUGAUAUAUUUGAACUCAGGAAUCUCUGUCACUCUGAACGGAAAUUCGUUUUCUCUCUCUAUACAUCCAUGGAUGACUCCUUUUCCAACCUUCCUACCAGCCACUUGAUCGGUUCAGUCCCGGCUGUUGUCAGUGAGGAAAAUAAGACUACUGCCUAUGAGGCACCUGAUGCAAAUUUGCAAAUAUUUCCUCCAAAUAAUGGUGGAGGCAGUGGACGGGGAUAUCAAACUCUCGGAGGUCAACCUGAAGGUGAUGCACAACAAGCAACAAGCAACUGGAAGGGAGUGUUUAGUAUCUCAUCAUACACACAAUACUUUAAUGUGGAUACAGACGUUGUCUUGAACAGAUUGAUGAGUUCUUUAUAUCCAGUUAAUGGAGAUUUUUUCAGCAAGAUCGACGCUAAUCCUGAUCUCUAUGGGCUUAUCUGGAUCUCCACUACAUUGGUGUUUGUGAUCGCUUCCCUUGGAAACUGUGCAACAUACCUGAUGCAGAAACGUAGUGACAGCAGUAGCUCUUGGAGCUUUGAUGUCAACUAUUUAAAUGUGGCAACAUGCUCGGUGUAUGGUUAUGCAGUCAUUGUGCCACUGGGAUUCUACUUCUUGCUUCAUUAUCUGGGUUCAAAUGCUAGCCUUGUACGUUUUUGGUGCAUGUGGGGAUAUUCUCUCUUCAUUUUUAUUCUCAGCUCUUUUUUGUUGGUUAUACCGGUCGAGUUUCUUCGGUGGAUCAUCAUAAUCAUCACUGGUGCUGCAUCAGCUAGCUUCGUUGCCUUGAACCUCAAGUCUUACGUAGAGGGGAAUGAUCUUACAGUGGUGUUGGUCGCUGCAUUUGUCUUGCAAAUGGGUUUGGCAAUCUUCAUCAAGAUGUGGUUUUUCCCAUAAGCUCGAGCCAUUGUAAUCCACGCAUGCUCAAGCCACUGUGUUUCUCAGUUACAUGAUACUUGAGAAGAUGUUGUCCAAGACGGAGGUGUUUGGAAGAAAAGUUGUGUUUGGCGUGGGUUUUGCUUACCAGGAUAUAUUGUAGUGCAAUGAAGAUUGAGACAUUUAAUGUGGAGAAAAAGCAUUGAAUGUUAAACUUAUGAGCAGAGCAUUUUCCAUAAUGUUGUUUGUGGGAUUGGUGAUCAGAAAUGGCCUAGAUAUUGUCGGUCUACAUAUUUUAGGAGACCGAUUUUAAAUACACAGGAAUCAAUGCUGUUGAACUCGUUCAUUUUGUUUUUCUACGGAAUUUGCUUCAUUUUUAAGUUUUUGAUUGUGUAAAUAUAGUAUGCUUUCAGAAAAUCAUGUUUCGUUAUUAUUUCUGUUACGCUUGCUCACUCUGCUUUAUUUUAAAUCGACUACAACUACAACACUCUUUUGGGCUUUGUAUUUUA